GCAAGGCUAAGUACAUAUAUUUCUGUGCCAUCUCAUUUAUUUUCUCAAUCGUCGCGUCUCAACUUGCCAUUGAAGAGUCAAUUCAACUAUGAUGUAUCGGUUUUCUACGGCUGUUGUGCUAAGCAGCGCGCUCAGCGCGAAUGCGAAGACCUUUCUUGAGGCAAUUGGCGCUUAUCCGCAACUAUCCAACUUUACGACCUUCGUCAAAACGAACAAAGCAAUUUUCCCCUUCAGCGCAGACUCUCCACUCACAGUGCUGGUACCCGAUGAUAAUGCCUUUGCGAACUACAAAAAAACCUACGGCGUUGAGGUCACCUCCCUCCCACCCGCCGACCUCGCACCCCUCUUCUCCUCCCACCUCCUCGUAGGAGCGCUCAACGGAGACAACUUCACAAACCCGGCGGGUACAACAUGCCCAACCCUCCUCACCUCGCCGCAAUACAGCAAUCGAACCGCCAGUGGCACCCUACCCGCCCAAGAUCGGCAGCGCAUCCAAGAGCUCCGGCCAAGUCCUCUUCAUCUCCUCCGCCUCCUCCUCCAGCAGCCCCAAACUCCUCGUCCGCCGCGGCAGCUACGGCCCCAACCCCGUGAAAUCCGGCCCUUGACGCCUCCGUCCACAUGACCCUCGUCACCGACGGCGGCCUUCGACGGCGGCAACCUUCCACAUCCUCGACGGCAUCCUCACCCUGCCCGCCCCGUGCUCCGCGACCAUCCGCCAC